ACAUCAUCUGGCAUUAAGCUUAAUAACGGCAAAGCUUAAUUAGUUAGUCAAGCUACGAGUGGCAACCUGCUUUUACCUUUUGUAUAUAUAUCGCGGAAGCCAUCCAUGGAUAAGUGAACCGCAGAGCCCACUUUCGAGCGUUCUACUCAGGCACACCCUCCAAGGGCCUUUAUUGAUGUACCUCCUUAUUGUGUAGAUGGACCGUAAAGAGGAUACGCCGGGUCCCGAGGCACCAGGGGCAUGCCCAAGCUCGUCCCGCUUGCUGGCUCCGCCAACCCGUCCUCCCAACUCUCGCAGACCCAGCAUCCGGAUACGCCAUUCCUCAGUAUCUUUGACCGGAGAGCCCAUAGCGCGGACUACAAGCCUAAAUCCGGAACCCGUGAAGCGUUCCGACGACGAUGUGGUUGCCUCGAGACGGAGAAGCAGUUCGGAGCCCCAACGUCCCAAUUUCGGCAACGAUGGGGCUGCUGAAUAUAUGCCUAUGACAACGGUGGCGGAGGAAGGGCCAAGCAAAUACGCGCAGAUUGAAGCUGGGCGUGGAAGAUGGAGGUCUGCUAGCGCCUCGGCGAUGUCGUCGUUACGUCUCGCAAAAGCAGGCCAGGAAGGCGUGGGAAACGUGAAUGAUGGCAAAGAGUAUGAUUCAAGGGUUGUCAAUUUACUUGACGUUGUUGACCCCGAAGUCUCGACUCUCACGACGCUCACCAAUGUGCAGAAUUCGCUCUUUGUACCAGACUUAGGACGGUUUGUGAACCGCCAGCCGACCUACAAUCUGACACGACCUCGGAGUGACUCUGUGGAAUCAAUAAUAUCGGCUGUAUCUGAAGAAGAGGAGGAAACUUCUACUUCGGAUACGGAGGAGCCACCUAGAGCUAAGCGGACUGAAACAAUAACAUCCAACCUCAGUGUAUCACGUUUUGCUGUCCUGCCGGAGGGCACCACUCUAGACGGCUGGGAUCCGUCAGACAAGUGGGAAAUUAAUGACCAUGUCAGGCAUAUGUUACACUCUCGGAGGUCCAAAUUUAAGCGCGGGAUGAAAGGGUUUUGGCAGUAUGUUCAGAAACGUGGGUAUAUCCUCCUAACGCUUGAUUAUAGCAAGAUGGAGCUAAUAUCUAUAUUUUGGCUAGCUCUUGGGUUCCUUGUUACUUUAUAUGCAAUACUAAUUACAUCAUUUGGUCUUGCAUGGGUGUUGUUCUUGAUCGGCUGGAUAUAUGUUGGAGACCGCCAGUUAUACGCUAUCAACGUUAUAGAUAAUGUCCUUGUUGCACUUUUUGCCAUCGUUGGCGACGGUCUAGCUCCAUUCAGAGCCAUUGAUACCUACCAUAUGAUUUACAUUGCUUACUACCAUCGACUAACCUGGAGACUUCGCCGGAAACAAGAUUUACCAAAGCUCAAAAACCCAAAUGAUCUUCCGGAAGCCCCGUUGGAAGAUGUAAUCAGAUCAGCUGCUAAAGAAAACGAGAUUGAUAUGGAAUUGGCAGCUAGAGAUGUUAUGACUAACGAUAAGGAGGCUGAAUACUCAGUUUUGACCCCUGAGCAACAGAAGAAACUAACUCACCAUUCAAACAAAUUCUCCAAAUCCCAUACAUUUUAUAAGCCUCAUGAGACAACAACUCAUCAUGCCUUUCCUGUCCGGCUGCUCAUUGCCGUCGUUAUAUUAUUGGAUUUCCACUCUAUUUUUCAAAUAACCCUCGGCGCAUGCACUUGGGGUAUUGACUACCGAGUCCGCCCCACCGCCCUAACGACAACCAUCCUUUGUUUAUCUAUAUCCUGCAACAUAGCAUCUGGAAUUGUCAUUAUGGUCGGUGAUCGAAUGACGAGAAAGAAAGAGGUGAUUGAGAAGAUCUUGAGACAGCAGCUCACUCAGGAGGCAAUCAAGAAAGUUGAGAAGAAGAAGAAGAAAGAAAAGAAGAAGCUGGAGGAAAAGGCUGCUGCGAACUGUAUACACGAAGAAGAUGAAAGGGAGGAUAAGAUCGAAACCUCUGUUGAUAUUGAGAAACAUAAACCGCUGGCGGGAUGAUACGUUUUUGUACAUGAUGUUAUUGGUUUCUUGUUUGGAAAGAAUUCUAGUAUAUACAAUUAAUGAGUCCGGGCUGUUGCGGCCGGUGAUGAAGGGUCUAU